CCGCAGGGGCAGGAGGAGGGAGUUCGGAAAGGAGGGAAGAGCGGCGAGGCGAGGGGAGAGAGGAGCUGCGGGGCCAGGCGGGCCACCCCGGGCCACACCCCCCCUUGCGGGUGCUCGACAGGGCUCGGGCCAGGCGGGGCGCCGCACAAAGACAUGCGGAGAGGGGAUGCGCGGGGCCGCGGCACAAAGACACCCGGGCGCUCGGCCGCGCGGGCUGCAGUGAUCACCCCCACUCCGAGCCCCGGGGCAGUGAGGAGCCACGGGCCGAGCGCGCUGAGCCACGGGCCGAGCGCACUCAGGGCCCGCGCGGGACCCCAGGCGGCAGCGCAGUCGGGGUGACCCAACGCGCGCGGGGGCAGCCGUGUCCGAACCCAACUUGGCCUCGGCCUCGCCCUCUGCCCAGCCUGCCGCCGCUGGUGUCCCCUCCUUCCCGCGAUUUCGGUUCUUCUCACGCUCCCCCUACACCCCUCCCGCCUCCAGCACCGCUCUCCCCACCUUGUAAAACAAAGCCGGGGAAAAUGCCUGCCCGUGCAGCUCGGAGUGCGCAGCCCAUCUUGGAAUAAGGAGUGAGUACAAUGGCGUGUUGGUAAAAAAAAAAAAAAAAAAAAAAAAAAAAGAAAGAAAGAAAGAAAGAAAGAAAGAAAGAAAGAAAGAAAAAGAAAGAAAAGAAAAAAGAGAGAGAAAGAAAGAAAAGAAAAAAAAUAAAAGCAUCAAGUCUGUGUUUAAAAAAAAAAAAAAAACAUUUUGAAUGCUGCAUGCCUCAUGCUUGCCAGCGCCUCGCGGGAGAGACCCGGCUAUACCGCAGGAGUGGCGGCCCCUGACUUGCUGGAUCCCAAGUCUGCCGCUCAGAACUCCAAACCGAGGCUCUCCUUCUCUGCGAAACCCACUGUGCUUGCUUCCCGGGUGGAGACUGACACGACCAUUAAUGUUAUGAAAUGGAAGACGGUCUCCACGAUUUUCCUGGUGGUCGUCCUCUACCUGAUCAUUGGAGCCACUGUGUUCAAGGCACUGGAGCAGCCUCAGGAGAUUUCCCAGAGGACCACCAUUGUUAUCCAGAAACAGACCUUCAUAGCCCAGCACGCCUGUGUCAACUCCACCGAGCUGGACGAUCUCAUUCAGCAAAUAGUGGCAGCAAUAAAUGCAGGGAUUAUCCCCUUAGGAAACAGCUCCAAUCAAGUUAGUCACUGGGACCUCGGAAGCUCUUUCUUCUUUGCUGGUACUGUUAUCACAACUAUAGGAUUUGGAAACAUAUCCCCACGAACUGAAGGUGGAAAAAUAUUCUGUAUCAUCUAUGCCUUGCUGGGAAUUCCUCUCUUUGGUUUUCUGUUGGCUGGGGUUGGCGAUCAGCUCGGGACCAUAUUUGGAAAAGGAAUUGCCAAAGUGGAAGACACGUUUAUUAAAUGGAAUGUUAGUCAGACCAAGAUUCGCAUCAUCUCCACCAUCAUCUUCAUCCUGUUUGGCUGUGUUCUCUUUGUGGCUCUUCCUGCUGUCAUAUUCAAGCAUAUAGAAGGCUGGAGCGCUCUGGACGCCAUCUAUUUUGUGGUUAUCACCCUGACAACCAUUGGAUUUGGUGACUAUGUGGCAGGUGGAUCGGACAUUGAGUAUCUGGACUUCUACAAGCCUGUUGUGUGGUUCUGGAUCCUCGUUGGGCUUGCUUACUUUGCUGCCGUUCUGAGCAUGAUUGGAGACUGGCUGCGGGUGAUAUCUAAGAAAACAAAGGAAGAGGUGGGAGAGUUCAGAGCACAUGCCGCUGAAUGGACAGCCAAUGUCACAGCUGAGUUCAAGGAAACAAGGAGGCGGCUGAGCGUGGAGAUCUAUGACAAGUUCCAGCGUGCCACAUCUGUGAAACGGAAGCUCUCUGCAGAGCUGGCAGGGAACCACAGCCAGGAACUGACUCCUUGUAGGAGAACCCUGUCCGUGAACCACCUGACCAGUGAGAGGGAAGUCUUGCCUCCCUUGCUGAAGGCUGAGAGCAUCUAUCUGAAUGGCCUGACCCCUCGGUGUGCUGGUGAAGAGAUAGCUGUCAUUGAGAACAUGAAGUAGUUCCCUUCUGGAAGAGUCUGAGGUGUAGCCAUAGGGGAGGGCUUCUCUAGGCUCUUUGUGACUGUUGCUGGUAGCAUUUAAACAUUGUGCAUGACGAGCUGAAAGGAAAAGCAAAUAGAUAUACCCAACUGGUCACCUUACAUCCAGGGAGUGUGGAGUCCUGAGGCAGCGCUCUGGGGAGGCUUGUGAGCUAUCCACUGAGUGGCGAGUGAUGGACAGGCAGUAUCCGAUGCCUUUUCGUGCCCAGACUGUUUCCCUCCCCCUUUUUCCUAAUGUGCCAUAAGGCCUCUGAAUGAAUUGGAAUGCUUUGGUAGUCAUGUAGCUUGGAGGGAUCAGCCCUUGACUUUUCAGGGUUCACCUAACUGAGCCUGGAUAUGGACCACUUAGGGAUGACAACAUUUCUUUUUGUAAAUGGCAAGAAAUUCUUAUGCAGCCUUUUACCUAAGAAAUUUUCUGUCAGUGCCUUAACUUACGAAGAAACAGGACCCUCUCUAGUGGGCUUGUGGUUCCCCUCCCUGCCCCCACCCUAGGCCAAGCUAUGCUGAUUCUUAUUCUCCCCCCCCCCCGCACCCCACCCCACCCCACCCUGCCUCCUUGCAUAUUGUACCCCGCUGGAAGCGAUGUGUAGCUUGACAGGAGAAAGAGAUGCCAACUGCAGGCACAGCAGCAACACUCAGGAGCUCUGGCGUCACAAGGCACCACAGAGAAGGGAGGUCAGAGAAGGCCCUCUGAGUAUUUAUUUGACUGGGGUACCAAUGGUACAUCUAUAUAUAUGUACAGAGUAAUAAUUACCAGGCCGGUAACAUCGGCUGCUUCUACACAGCCCCCUUUUUCCUGGCAGUAUUUGGAGUUUAUCAUUUAUUAAUAACUAGUCCUUUUUAAAGGCAGAAGAAGUGAGCACAUACAUCUAUAAUCUGAGUGAUCUAAUAGAAGAAGGCUGUCCCAACUGAUAUCACAAAGUGAUUUCAAACAGUUGGUAUGAAUUCAUUCUGAUGAAAGUAACAAAGCCAUGGGUGUUUAUUUGCUAGGAAAUAGCUCACUGCCAGCUUGGAACAGCCCUUGAGGUACAGAAGGCUUACACCCUUUUCUUUUCUUGAGUGGUUCUUGCCAAAUUGUAGGGUGGGGUGGUGCCCAGGGAGAGGGAGUGCAGCCCCAGCCACCCUAGGGUCCCUCUGCCGAGGUGACUUGGUGUGAGCACAGGUGCCGGACUGGGGAUCACUGUGAUUUUUGCACAUGAAAUGAUGCUGACUGCCAACCUACAUCAUCUCUAACAGUAGAGAAAAUGCUGAGGAGCACAAUUUAAGUCCCCAGAGUUAUUUUUUUUUUUAAGAUAAGAGAAGACUGAUAAUCCAUUUAAUUUAAAUUUAUAUCCUAUAAUUCUUUUGGCUGUUUCAAGAUUCAGAAAAACAUUAGUAUCUGCAUCUUGUAUACUGCCCCCUUUCCUUUAUUUUCAUACUUACAUCUACUGUACACUGUAUAUAUAAUUUUUAAAGUGCAGAAGGAAAAUGAUUCCUCUACAUGUAAUUACAAAACUGAUUUCUUUUCCUUUUGGGGGAGGGAUGGGCAUAUGUGAACAGGUGGCAUUCAGAUUAAAGUCUUAAGAAAUAAACCCAGGAUCUUUAAAAAAUAUCAAAGAUUCCAUAUUUUCCAAAAUUUGAAUUUAAGCUAGAAAUGUAAAUAUCCAAUUAGCUUGCAGAGAGUACUUUUAUAAAUCCACAAAAGUUCGAACCAAACUUUUAGCAAGUUCGGCUCCUUUACAAAGAAGGCUACACCACCCAUUUCCUCAAUCACUGUUCUGAAAGCUGAUAUAGUGGGAUGCGCCACAUAUAAACUGUGAACCGGGCAGACAAAUAAAGUUUGUAAUUAAAGUCGGA